CUCGACUGGAGGACUUGAAAUCUUAAGACGCAACACAAGAACAUACAAAAGGACAAAUUACAGGAGCAGUAAUUGGGCAGUAUGAAUGCAUCAGACUCAGAGAUGUAUUAUGAUUAUUACUACAAUUCGACCUGUGGGCAGGACCCCAGUGCAGAGUUUCUCGAUGGAUCCAUGGUCUUACCAGUUCUUUACUACCUGCUGUUUUGUUUUGGUGUGCUUGGUAAUGUGACAGUCCUCUGGGUUCUCCUACGCUACAUAAAGCUGAAAUCUAUGACGGAUGUGUGCCUCCUCAACCUGGCCCUGUCUGACCUCAUACUGGCUGUAUCCCUGCCCCUGUGGGCCAAUGAGCCCCAGAACCUGUCGUCAUGCAGACUGAUGACAGGAGUCUAUCAGCUGGGAUUCUACAGCAGCACUCUGUUCGUGACCUCAAUGAGCGUGGACCGCUACCUGGCCAUCGUCCAUGCCGUGGCAGCCAUGAGAGCCAGGACGCUUCGCUACGGGAGCAGAGUCAGCAUCGUCAUCUGGGUUGUCGCUGCAAUCAUGGCAACACCUCAGCUGAUAUUUGCCUCCAUGGAGAUGGAUGAUGACGUACUUCAUUGCCAACCUCUGUACCCUGAGGACAGGCAGCAGUUCUGGAAGAUGCAGCGAAACUUCAGUGAGAACACAAUAGGCCUUUUCGUCUGCCUCCCCAUUAUGGUUUUCUGCUACGUGAAAAUCCUUGAGGUGCUGUCCAAGUCCAAGAACUCCAAAAGGGACAAAGCUGUGAAACUGAUAUUCAUCAUUGUGUGUGUGUUUGUGGUGUGCUGGGUCCCUUACAAUGUUAUGGUUUUCCUUCAGACUUUGCAGCUCUUUGAAAUCUUGAAUGACUGUGUGGCUUCAAAAACGAUCGACUCCGCUAUGGGCUUUGCUGAGAUCAUUGCACUGGCUCACUGCUGCGUGAAUCCUGUCAUCUAUGCAUUUGUAGGGGAGAAGUUUAGGAAGUCACUGCGCAAAGUGAUGACACGAUGCUUCUGCUGGAGUCAUCAGAGCAGAGUGGCAUUAAGCCUCAGAGACAACACAGAGAAAGAGACUUCCAACACACCUGUAAAGUCAGAUUACUGAAAAAUAACAAACUGGACGUCUGUGUGGUGGUGGUGUGUGCGUGUGGUUACAAUGAUUCAACAGUGUAUGAGUGUGCAUGUGUGUGUGUGUGUAGCGUUGAGUAGAUGAUGCUUGUUAGAACUUUAAAAUGGGGCACUGAUAAUUUCCAGUAAUGAGGGAAUGAUUCAUUUUGAAAGUGUACAGAAUUUUAUGAAACAUUUAUUCAAAUAAUGUAAUUCAAAGUAUAUUUGGAACUUGUGCAAUUGUAUUGUGUUUGUAACA